AUGGAAAAGGUUUCAGUCUUUGAGGCAGUCCCAGGCAACAUGGUUGGCAGUGGAUUUCAGUUUGAUUAUUUAGACCCAAAAUUUCCUUCUGGUGGAAACCAUUCAUACUUUUUCAUUGUUGGUCUGAUCCUUGUUUACCACACUACGCUCUCCUCUCAAGCUUCAAAUUCAGGGAAAUGCAGUGUAAAGACCAUUGCAUCUGAAUAUAAGCAAUGUGAGAUUCACCAAGAUGGAGUCCAUGAUUUAGAGUGUUUUUAUAAAACACGUGGUUACGUAAACUGCGUGUGGAAACCUGGAAACCAUGCAUCAGAAAAGACAUACACACUCAUCAUACAACAACCACCCAGAAAAUAUUGCAAACGUUACUACAACAUCACUGACACCUCUGAAGAGAUCUCAGUAUAUGAAAGUAUCAAUAUGACCGUUGAGGUUUUUGAAAAGAGCAGCAAAUCCACAAAUUGUACAAAAGCAGUUUUCAGAGGGUUACCAAAAAGAAUGUUGCAAUGUGGUCCUCCGCAUAUCGUGUCCUUCUGCCGCCAUUCUGGAACACUAGUCAUGAAUAUAAGCUGGCGACCAAAGGCCAUCACAGAUUACUCUGUGAGAUAUAAAGCACUGGGCAGCCUGUUAUGGAACGAGACAUCCUCCCGAUCCCAGAAUAGAGAGAUCUGUACUGUGAAGGGUCUAAACUCCUCGCUGGUCUACACUGUACAGAUACAGUGUGUCAACAAUGAAACCUGCUCAGAGUGUGCAUGGAGUGAAGCCUAUACUGUCCCAUCAGAACUGACAACACAGCCUGUCAUUGUCAGCCUUGAGGAUACUGACAUUGCAGGGGCAAAAGGCCACCGGCUGCUUUCUUUAACCUGGAAGUUUUCUGCCAAAGAGCUGCAUGAUCACUACUAUGUGACAGUCGGGAAAGCUUCAGGAGAGGCCCCACGUGAGCAGAUAAACGUCACUAAGCCUGAAAUCCGACUGAAUCUCUCAUAUUCAGCGUAUCAUCUCAACAUCAGUGCUGUUAACAACGUGAGCACCUCCCCAGCUGUAAGCCAGGCAAUACCACAGCGAGAAGACAUGCCCAGUAUGAGAAAUGAGAAGCUGAAUGUGACAGUCCACAGCAAUACAUCAUUCACUAUCUACUGGAAAGACAAUCUCAUCAAAAAAUAUGUCUGCUAUUCUGUGGAGUGGAUGAAGAAGGGACAUAAAGUCAACUACAAGUCCUUUUAUGAGAAUGCAAACAACUAUAGGACUUUAUAUCAUUUACCAGGGGCUUUGGAGCCAUAUCAGAGAUACAACAUCACUCUGCACACUCGGCCAGACAAGGACACCUGCAACAUGAAGCGCGUCAACAACAGUGAGAACACCUAUGGGAGCACACAGUUUUAUUUCAUUGAAGGAUCUCCAGUCAGUGGUCCUGCAAACAUCAGCAGCUACAAUGUAACGCUGAAUUCAGUGGUGCUGAAGUGGUUGUCCAUCCCAGAGGAAGACAUCAGAGGUUUUCUACUGGGUUACAUAAUCUACUACACGGAGUACCACCACAGGGGGGCGAGCACAGAGAGAAAUAUUACAGUGGAUCCAUUGUUUAACAACUAUGAACUGGGAGACCUCAAGAGUGGCACAGCAUAUCAAGUCCAGAUAUCAGGUUUUACCCAGGCAGGAGAAGGAGUACGAAGCAAAGCAACAUGUAUCUUUAAAACAAAUGAAGGAUCUUUUAAUUUCAGUGCUGUCAUCGCAGUCUUCGCAGUUGUGGCCUCUGUGCUAAUAUUUGGAUCUCCGAUAAUAAAAAGAGCUAAAGUCUUCCUUUGGCCAAGCAUACCUAGCCCUGGAAACAGCAAUGCCAUGCAGAAAAUGGAAGGUCCCUUUGAACGGGAACUACUAGAGUCCCUCAACACUCUGAAGGUGGAGGAAUGGGACACAAACAGUCUUCAGAUAGUAGAAAAAGAAGAUGUGAUCCCUGCUAGCACUCUACCAUCAAUGAUGCCGCUUCUCCACGCCUCAGAAGAUGACGUAGACUCUCCAGAAAUGACUUGUAACUGGAUCCAAGGAGACACUGAGGAUGCAACAGGAGAUAUCUCACCUGACAUUACCACAGAAACAUUACCGGAUGUCCAACGGACAAAUCCCCAGAGUUCUCCUUUCGCCUUUUCAAGUGAUUACACAACAAUGGAGAUGUUUCAGCAGGGGAUGCCUCCGGGCAUACCAGUGAAUACAUCAGUUAGUCAAGCCAUGGAAAGCAAACCAGAGGACACAGACUUGACUGUGGUAAAAUCAGGAUUGGACUAUAUAGGGCAAUUUAGCACCAGUCCAAACUCGGAUAGCAAGGAGAUGUUUUGAU